AUGGCCACCGGUGGGGAAGACAGCCCUGAUGUUGAAGAUGUCGGAAGCGAAUACGGAUUUAUCAAACGUUACAAAGGCAUUCGUCUGGAUGGAUGGGCUUACCGGUUCCCAUCCACUAAUACCACCAUUUUAUUUUAUUGGUCUUCAACACUUUGCAGAUUGGAACGAAUUAACAACUCCGAUCCAGAUUCAAGUCUCGCCCUGCAUUUGGACCGUGUGCCAAGUUUCUUGACCAAGUUCCUACACCGUUUUCAUGUGUUGGUUCUGAAUACAGCACAACACUGGAUUAAAGCAAAAUUCAUAGCGAAUUGCUGGAUAAUGCACGUAAACCGGAAGCCUAUCAAAGAAGGAAUACUCAUGGACAUGAUGAAUGUGAAGAACUACACGGUUCAUAGGAUUGUGAAGUGGCUUGAUUCGCAACUCCCGUUACAUCCGGGCCUAAAAGCUUUCUUUCGGACCAGGUCACCGAGGCAUUUAGACAAAACCGGAUUUUGCAAUAAUACUAUUCCAUUGACAAGAGGGAGUAGAGUGUUUCAAGAAGGAUCAAGUGACAAAAUUGUUGAAACAGCAGUUAAAGGCACAAGAGCCAAGAUUUUGGACAUAACUGCUCUUUCUGAACUAAGAGACGAGGCUCACAAAUCCCAGUACCAUAUUUUCAGUACCUCUGCUUACCAUGAUUGCUUGCAUUGGUGUCUGCCUGGCAUUCCUGAUACCUGGAAUGAACUCCUUGUAGCUCAAUUAUAA